AUGUCCGACUCGGCUCUCCCCGAAUCGACCCCGACCGCUUUGCCCAUCCUGGGCGAUGCGCCCCCGAGCAGCGCCGGUCGCUCGUCUGGCUAUGGCCACGAAGCCCCCACUGAGCAGCCACCUGCCGUCAUAUCCGAUGAGCUCAAGGCAAGACUUGACAAAAUUAUUUACUCAGAGAUCGGUAUCGCUACCCUCCUCACUCGGUUGAAGCAGAGUGUAGCCUCCGCCAAAGACUUCUCUACCUUCUUGAAGAAACGGGGGGCAUUGGAGGAUGAACAUGCUCAGGGGUUAAGGAAGCUGUCCAAGGCCGUGAGCGAUGCUGCACUCCGCACUGAUAACCGUCAAGGAACAUACAGCUCCAGCUAUAAGGAGAUUCAACGACUCCACGAGCGCAUGGCCGAAUGUGGUUUACAGUUCUCCGUCUCCCUCCACAAAAUGUCCGAUGAUUUGUCAGAGCUAUCCUCCAACAUUGAACGCGGCCGCAAGCAAUGGAAACAGACAGGACAAGCAGCGGAGAAGCGAGUCUUCGAUGCGGAACAACAAGCGGAUAAGGCAAAGACCAAGUACGAUUCAUUUGCGGAACAGUAUGAUCGUGUCCGCACGGGCGAUAAGACAGGUGGCAAAUUUGGUUUGAAGGGCCACAAGUCCGCAGCGCAGCACGAGGAGGAUCUUUUGCGAAAGGUCCAGCAUGCUGAUGCCGAUUAUGCGGCCAAGGUGCAGGCAGCGCAAUCAGCUCGUCAGGAAUUGGUCGCUACUCAUCGACCUCAGGCAGUAGAUAAUCUUCAGCAGUUGAUUGCGGAGUGCGACGCAGGCUUGACCCUGCAGCAGCAGAAGUUUGCUUCAUUCAACGAAAAGCUCUUGCUCGGCCAAGGUCUUUGCGUGAGCCCUAUGAAGACCGAAACGAAUGGAUCGAUUGCGCCUAAGAGUUUGGCGGAAGUCAUUCGCCAGGUUGACAACCAAAAAGAUUUACACGACUUUAUUUUGAGCCACGAAGGACAUGGCGGUGCCGUUAGUGGUCCAGAGGUCCAAUAUCAGCGUCACCCUACCCUUGGUGGCGGACCAGCUGUAGCUGUAGCCCCGCAGACUGGCCUUCAAGCCAAACGCCAGUCCUCUAUUCCUGCGGCUUUCUCACAGCAAAGCAUCUCCUCUCCUAGUCCUCAAUUGGGGAGUACCGACCGAUUCCAGCAGCCACCUUACCCAACACAAGGGGAAUCUCCUGCGCCUCCACCGGCUCAGCCACCUUACCCAACGGGCCCACCGUCUCAUGAAACCGCUCCAGUGAUCGCUGCUCCGAUGGGCACUCCGCCAAUCAUGCAUCCAGUGUCAAUGGAAAAGAACAACCUGCCUCCCUUGAAGCCGGUAUUCGGGUUAUCUCUAAACGACCUUUAUGCUCGAGACGGGACCGCAGUUCCAUUCCUUGUGUAUCAGUGUUUCCAGGCAAUUGAACUUUUUGGUCUGGAUCUGGAGGGUAUCUACCGACUAUCCGGCAGUGCCAAUCACAUUAACCAUAUGAAAGCUCUAUUCGAUAAUGACUCGUCACAAAUCGACCUUACAAUUCCAGAGAAUUUCUACCACGAUGUCAACAGUGUCGCCGGGCUUGUGAAACAGUUCUUCCGCGAUCUUCCUGAACCUCUGUUCACAUCUCAAUAUUACACCCAAUUUGUUGAGGCUGCCCGCGUCGAUGAAGAUACCCAGCGUCGGGAUCAACUACAUGCUCUCAUCAACAAUCUGCCUGAUGCUCACUACGCUACCCUCCGUGCGGUCAUUUUGCAUCUAAACAAGGUUCAAGAACACUCUUCACAGAACCGCAUGAACGCCGGCAACAUUGCCAUCUGCUUUGGACCAACCUUGAUGGGUGCCAACUCCGGUGGCAACAUUGCCGAUGCUGGCUGGCAAGUCCGCGUCAUUGAGACAAUCCUCAACAACACCUUCCAGAUCUUCGACGACGAUUAG